UAUAGAGACGGGGAGAAAUGUCGUGACGGGUAUACUCGUUGAUGUGUCUGGUUCUAUGAGGGUUUCUGUAGAUGAGGACAAGGUGGUCGGUGAAGGAGAAAGCUGGUCCAGAUCAACAUUUACUGCAAUUGACAAUACAAUUAAACGUGAUGUCAGUUCAGUCAACCAAGUUUUUGCAUUGGGAUUUGGAGCGCCAAAUGAACCAGUCGUUUUCGACUUGUUGAACACAGUUGAGAAAGUUCAAACCUCGUUCAAAUCUAAACACAAACUUAAGGACGAGGCACACAUCAAGCGAUACAAAUCUAAACGUGAACUCCUCAAGGAAAUAUGCGAGCUUUUAAAAGAUAACGGUGCUCCAGAAAUUUGUUCAUAUUCAAUUAUGAAUGCUUUGGUUGAAAUCGUGUCAACUUUUAACGCUCAACAAUUACUCGCAAAACUUGAAGAGGAUACUAAAUUCAGAAAAGAGUUCGUUCAGUCGCUGCCUCGACAAUGUCGUGAGGGAAUACAGGAAGAAAGUCGAGAUGUGAUUCGAAAGGGAAUUGAACUUGCAAUUCAAUUGGACAUUUCUAAGAUAGUUUCAAUCCUAGAAACAGAGUGCGUCAAUGUGGUACGAAAUCAACUGGGCCGUGAUCGGUCAUUACUUGAUGUGAUAUCAUUAUCUGAGUCAACUCAUUUCUUGAACACUCUUGAAAACAACUGUUUUGUUAGGGACAUAUUUGUACAUUGUAUGGUUGGAGAAUCUAUCGAACAAAACAAUGUUCCAUUUAUGCUACGCAAAAUAUUUUUGCUGGAACAGUUGGAUGAAAUAUUUUCGAUAGCAGAACAGAACGGGGUAGAAAUUCGUCCCUGUGUGUAUAUGACAGAUGUACUUCAUGAAAUCAAUGCUGACAUGGCCUUUGAAGCGAUUGACUCUCUAAGAGAAAAUGAAGUAUACAGAAAAGGCUUUAUGGAUGAGUUGUUAUCUGCACAAAGGAAUUUGGAUAAGUUGUUGCCUGAGGAAUCCCUUGAGGAAUUCCGUAUGGAUCAACGAGGACUCCUCGCUCUUAAGAUAGUCUCAAAUAUUUCAUCUGUUCUUGAGCGAAAUGUGCUUCGGAUUCCAGAUAUUAUUUCACUUUUUGACGAGAUCGACAUCUUACAAAGGGGUGAAAGUCCUAAUACUGCUCUAAAAGAUCGAAUAUUUGUAGAUCGAUUUACCCGAAGGAUACACGAUAAAUAUGAUCAAUCCACCCAUCCAGUUUCAAACACGAAAGUCGAGCUUUACCUUUUUAAAAUACUCUCAGAUAUCUUAUCUGUUCUUGAGCGUAGUGUCGAACGGACACCAGGUGUUGUUCCAUUUUUACACGCGACUAAAAUAUUAUAUAUGCUCGGACGUCGUUAUACCGCAUUUGAAGAGAGAAUAUUUGUACAUCCCUUUACCCGAAGGAUAUAUGAUAAUUAUGAUCAAUCCACUUACCCAGUCUCGAUAAGGAAUGUCGAACAUUGCGUGUAUGAAUGGGUCCAGUCUAUUCUAAAAAGAAAAAUUAAGAUAUUGUUAUCAUUACUCGAAGAGAAUGGUGCAAACCAGAUUCGCUCUUGGACAAAUAUAGAUGGCCUGGUGCAAGUCGUUGACAUCACUGAGGUAGUAGUGUUACUUUCUAACCUAAAAAACAACAAACAUUACCGAACAAAAUUCGUGGAAAAAUGUCUCCCCAAGAGUUGUCAUACGCCUCGGGAAAGUUUGGUUGGUGCAAUAAGUCAGGUAUGGAAUGCCUUCAUGCAUUCUAAUCCUGAUCCCAAGAUUUCUAAACCACGUGAAACUAUAGAUGCGGCGAUAAAUCUUGCUGAAACAAUGUCAGAACGUAACUUGCUCGUAGAUGAUGUUGAAGUAGACGACCAACGUAAUAUUCGAAGUAUUCUGAAUUCAUUUGCACAAUUCAUAUUCAUUGAAGAAUUAACAAAGGUAUUCAUUGAACAAGUCCGUAGGAUAUCGAUACGAGAUCGACCAAGGGAUCGAACAGAUACUGGUUUUGAAAAAGAUGGUGGGACAAUUAGAACAAAAAUAAAACUAGAAACCUUGGACGAAAUCAUGUCAAAAUUGGAACAAUAUGGCGCAAACGUAAGAUGGCUGUCAAAAGGAUGUGGUUUACCUGAUACUUUCUAUGAGUCAGAGGCUAAGAUAAUUCUUGAAAAACUACAACAGGAAAACUCUGAACUAGGAAAAAGGCUUGUCGGAGAAGUUCUGCCCAUCCGAUGCCGUGUGGGAAUACACAAAGAUAUCGAAGACGCAGUAAACCAGGGACUUAAACUUGCUCAUAAGAGUACGUUGCAGAAAAUAUUAUUGAUUCUUAAAUCAAAUGGAGCGCCCAGGGUUCAAAAGUGGGCAGACGCAGAUGAGUUGAUUGGAUUAGUUUCAAACUUUGAAGCUUACACUUUACUCGACAAACUUAGCAACGUGGUUGAUUUUCGAAAGGUAUUUGUUCACGAAAUUCUACCUGAGAUAUGUAGGACAGAGCCCCAAGGCAUUAUAUCUCAAGGUCAGGAAUGCCUCGCCGAGGACCAGUCAAUUAAAAAUGCCAAAAUCAAAGAUGUAGUGAAAAGAGGAUUUGAAUAUUUCUCAAAAGACACGUUCGAAAAAAUACUAAAGAUACUAGAAAACAAUGGUGCACCGAGAAUUCGGAUGUGGGCGAAGAUCAGCGUUUUGUUGGAAAAUGUCGAAGAUUCUGAGACAACAGUACUUCUAAGCACACUCGAGGAAGAUUGUGAUUUUAGAACAAGAUUUGUACAUGAAUGUCUUCCAAGUGAAUGCCACCCUCCCCCUUCAAUACUUGGUAAAAUGAGAGAAUAUUUAUUCAUGAUGAUAAACCUGUUUGUAGCAAUGCCCUCAAUUCCCGAAGCCACAAAUUUGGAAAUACGAAAUAUGAUAGAAAGCGGUAUAAAACUUGCCUGGGGACUGAAAGGUGUUUCAGGAGAACAUACGAUUACAUAUAGCGGCAACGAGGCAUCGAAUAUACUACAUGGUAGUGAAUCUGCAAUCGACCUUAAAAAUGAUCGUGUUUCUGACCUCAUGAAAAUCGUCGAACCAUUCAUAUAUGGUGGUACACCACUUAUAAAGGCAUCACACCAUGCAGUGAAGGUAUUUAGAAGACCACAAUUUCAGAAGCACAAGAAGGUGCUCUUCAUCAUAUCCGAUGGUGAGCCCGCUGAUGGGAAAGAACUACCCAAAGAGCUUCAUGAAUUAGAUGUGAAAAUAAUAUGCUGUUUCAUUACGAAUAGUGCAGAUAUACAUAACCCACGCUGUCUGUAUAGUGUGCUACCUGAAGACCGUGAGUGGGAAAGGGCAGCAAAGUUGAUGUUUAAGUGGAGCUCAACGAUAACAACCCAAGAUAUACCACGAACUCUUUUUGUUAAACGGGGAUGGACUAUAGAUACAACAAACAACGAAACACGUUUAUUCUGCCAAGUUAAUCAUCCCGAUAUCAUUGACGACGUUUGCGACCUUGUGAGGAAUGUUGUUUGUUGCCAGGAUGCCCUAUCGGAUGUUUUAUCCUCUGUGUCACUCGAUUUAUACAUCAAUAGAGCCAACCAAGGGCUCGCUGUCAAAGACAGUCGCCUUUUCACGUUUGCUAAUGCCUCAUCUGCAGUGAUGCAUCUUGCUAUGAAGCGCAUCUUCUCCCGUGAUGGCGGAUAUCCUGACUACAUUAAAUUGCGCAACUAUAUAUUGAGAAAAUAUGAAGACAGUGGAGCGCCAUCUUUGGAUAUACUUAAGAAAACAUGUGCUGAAUACCGUCUUCAUUGCCAACAGGUUGAUGAGUUAGGAGCAAUGAAAGCAGUUUCCGCAAAACGCCCAGUCUUGGCAAUGUUUAAGCUUGCCGAAGUCGAUUGGAAUGCUUUCACUAAAUUUUACAAUGAUCGUCCACGUGGAAUCCUUACUAGAUCUGAUAUCGAUAUCAGAACACAUUCAUCAGAUGACAGUCUAGAUGAACAUGCCGUGGUUCUCACGAGCUACACAAGUGAGUACUUGCGAUUUAUGGGCUCACAUGGAAGUGAUUGGGCUGACAGCGGCUUUUUUAGAGUUCAGGAGGCCAGUGUAUUCGAUAUCAAAUUUGUUGAUGUAUUCUGGGAAGAAGAUGACCUUACAAAGUCUGAAAUUGAUGCAUUUGCUAAAAACGGCGCCAGUGUCGCGACCGAAUUGUUCGAUACCUUAAAAGGCCUAAAUACUGCUGACUACACUUGCCCAAUAUGCAAAGCUGUGUCUAAAGUGAUUGAUUUUUCUGGAAAACUACUUAAUGCAAAGUGUCCAGAAUGUUCAGGAACGUUUGAUGUAAAUGAGGCUGGAAGUGAUAUUGCUCUGAACUUAUAUCUCACUUCAUUGUCGUCAGACCAGAACGAGGCUUAGCAUAAUUUUGACGUUUGCCAAAUCAAAAAAUGAAAAUGUGACUAACAAAACUGAUAGAAGGUUUUGACUUAUAUAAACGCUGAAAGCACCAAUGUGCACGAGGAAUGACAGGCCGGGUAUCGGUCAGUUAAUCUCAGGAGAAACAUGCAUGCAGAUCAUCAUAUUAAUGGGUUGAACAAGCCAAUGAUUGAAUUACAAGUUGAAUUUGAAUUUCAAGUUCAAGCCUGGGACUCAGGUUUUACAUAAUUAACUCAACUGGUAUUUCGUUUGUUGUCCUCCAAUCUAUCUUAGUUAAAAAUUUCAACUCGGCCAACUAACUUCCAAUGUGUUUGCCUUAGAAGAUCAAAUCUGGUAGCAUAAUUCAACACUUUUUAUCCGAAUUGAUAGGUACCAAGCAUGCAUUUGAUGGCUAUUAUUGGGCGUAUUACUUAU